AGAAUUCCAAGCACGAUACUGAAGCAAUUGCUUUCUGUUCGUUUCCGGGCGGUCACAAUUGAAAUCAGAUACACUCUUGGAAUCCGAUUGAUUCGCAUCGUUAACAAUGGAGCAGCGAUUGUUUUUGGUUUUUGCAGCGAUUUUAAUUCAGGGUAUUUUGGCGGCGCCAAAUGGCUCUAGCCUUCCGUCGGACCCUUCAUCGGUGACCCAGUCGAAGGAAGCAGAGCUGUCUGAGGAAUUCGAACGUUUGAAGAAUGACGCAGAGCAGUUCCGAGACCAAGUCCUCAAGUUUACGAUGGCAGUUUCCUCUCAGCUGGACCCUAACUCCUCCCUCCGCGAGAUCAUCAACAAAGUCGCUGACACCGCCACCUCACAAACCAUGACUUACAUCAAACAGGUUGAGGAUGGCGCGAUGGCUUUCAUGGACCGCGUAGGCCAAGUGACGAGCGACGCGGGAAACAAGGCCCUGGAGAGCACCGUAACCGCAGCUGAGAGAGCCAUCGAGGACCUGCGUUCCCGAAGCGAGAGGAUGUUCAACAACGGACUCGCCUACCUCCGCAGCAUCCAGGAGAAGAUCAACAAGGACCAGGAUUUGGACUCCAACCUGCCCUUCCAGACCCAAUCCUACCUUUCCUUCAUCCAGAAUGACGUCGAGAGGAAGUUGAACGCCAACCCUCAGCUCCCGAUCGCGCACUCCCCACCCAGAGGCUGGAUCGAUACUGAGUCACAGUCGAACGAAGACGAGAACCAGCACCUCCAACGCCGCGACCCAACUCCUCAGGGCUCCCAGAGCACCAACGACAACGGCGGUUUGACAUCUGCGAUCACCCAGCAGUACCAGGGUCUCCGUGACUCCGGGGUGAACGUGAUCAAAGGCGUGGCCAGCCUGGGGACCGGAAGCAUCAUCGGGAUCCUGGACGGGCUCUCGGCCAUCCUCACGACGACGACGGAGGUGAGCCAGCAGGCCAAGAAGGUCCUCAGCGACAUCAACCGCUCCGGCGCUCACGCCGUGUCCUCGGUCAUCGGCACCGCCGGCUCCCUCGUCAGCACCACCCUCGAUAGAACUGGCUCCGUCGUCGAUUCCCUCAGGAUGGCCGGUGGGAACGCGGAUGGGAAGUCCACCGUCGAGGAGGUCAAGGACCAGGCCGGCAAGAAGAACUGAUCUCCUAGGGGUAUCCGGGACUGAGGAAUUCUUUGCCGUACUAUGGACGAACGCUGCACAGUGGAUCGAGUCUAUGAGAGAGGUCGGACAAAAUUUGGAAACUUUAAACGCUUAUACCGUCGUCUCCUGGACGAAAGAACGUAACUCCAUUUCAAUGUUGCCAAAUUUCCCCUCGCAAAUCGCCUAUUAAUCAUGAGAAUCUUGGGCAUUUCUAACUGAAAAUUUCCCCGAUUUUUCUCUAGAUUCCAAGCAAAAAAUAGCAAUAUUUUGGAUACAAAUUGCUUACGUAAAUUUUUGUAAAAUAAAUCAAUUGUCUGAGUCAAUUUGGCAACCUUGCAAUGGAGUUACGUUCCUUCGUGCGGGAGACGACGAUACAUACAUAUAAAAUCGUUUUUAUAGCGCUCUCUGGCGCUCUGCGACACCAAGCCGCCAAAGUCCCCUACCCUCCCAAAGCCCGUCAGGGAGUUGGUACACCCUAAUUUCUUCUGAGACCUUAUAACUCAGUUAAAUCAAAACCUUGAGAUUUUAAAAAUGGUUCCAUUGGUCCCCUCGUGAAAUCUUCUUCUCUUAAAAUUUAAAAUAUGACGAAGUGAUCAUCAAAAUGGCCAGUUUUAGUUUAAAAUUAGAUACCCGACCUCUCUGAUUGACUCCAUCCACUGUGCGCCGUAUGAGCCCUCAGACGUCGCCAAAUUUCCUACGACCAAUCACGCAUUUUCGGGGAAAUUUGUAAAUAUUU